ACAUCGAUCUUAUAUUACGUUUAUAUAUCAAUAUAUACAUCAUGGGUUGCGAUGGUGGAACUAUUCCUCGUAGGGAUGAGCUUGUCAGAAUUAAAAAGAAACCCGAACAGAAAGAUAAAGAGGCAGAGCUAGCAUUUAAAUGGAGACAUUGCACGAUAAAACAAUUACCAUUAGAGCCACCAGUAGUUGGUUGUGCUUUAGGUCGUUUGUACAGCAAAGAAUCUGUAUUGGAAGGCCUUCUCGAUCGAAGCACGCUCCCAGAAUCAGCACAACAUAUCAAGAGCUUGAAAGAUGUAAAAAGUCUAAAUUUAACUUCAAAUCCAGCAUUUGAUGCUAAUAAAGCAGAAAAAGGAGACUGUUAUGCAGAUGGAGGAAAAAGUCCAUACAUCUGUCCAAUUAUUGGACUAGAGAUGAAUGGAAAAUACAAAUUUUGCUUUUUGUGGUCGUGUGGUUGUGUAAUGAGCGAACGUGCGCUUAAAGAAAUCAAGAGUACAACAUGUCAUCAAUGUCAGCAAUCUUUUACAGAGACAGAUGUUAUUAUUAUAAAUGCAGAGGGUGAUGAUCUUAAGUUAAUGGAGAAAAAUAUGCCAAUUAGAAAAGUUGCUCAAAAGAAAUCUAAGAAACAGAAACAUAGCGAGGAUAGUCAAAUACAAGAUGUUACAUCUGAUGAGAUACCAAAGAAGAAAAUCAAAAAAGAGGAUAAAACUGCUACUUUUAAAAGUAAUAGUAAUAGAAGCGAAGCUGAAGAUCCAGCAUAUAAAAAAGUUAAAGACAACUAUAGCGUUGCUAAAGAUCCCAAAGCAUCUGAAGUUUUCAAAAGUAUUUUUACUACCCAUAAGACUGCAGCUGAACAGGAUAGGGCACAUUGGAUUACGUACAAUCCAUUUUACAACUGAAUUGUUAUUGAUUUCAAUAUAAACAAUUUUAGAAACAUACAAUUAUUGUUUUACAUAUCAACAACGUUAUACGCAAAUAGUAAAAUCUUUUCGUGUCACUACAUAAAUAAAUUUAUACAUAAAAAGGUA